UCAAAUAAACUUUCUAAAAACAUAAUCAGUUCUUGUAUUAGCAGCCAUGGGAUUCUUGAAAAUAUUUCUUGUUUUCAUCUUUUCUUCUUUCCCAUGGCCUACUAUUCAGAAUGAUCUCGAGACUUAUAUAGUCCAUGUUGAAUCCCCUGAAAGCGUAAUUUCUACACAAUCAUCGGUAACGGAUUUAGAUAACUAUUAUCUUUCUUUUUUGCCUAAAUCUACAACAAUCAGCUCAAGUGAAAAUGAAGAGGCUGCUAGCAUGCUCUAUUCCUAUCACAAUGUGAUGAAAGGGUUUGCAGCAAGAUUAACGGCAGCACAAGUGAAGGAAAUGGAGAAUAAACACGGCUUUGUCUCUGCUCAGAAACAGAGGAUUUUCACCUUGCAUACUACUCAUACUCCGAACUUUCUCGGUUUGCAACAGAACAUGGGCUUGUGGAAGGAUUCCAACUAUGGGAAAGGCGUGAUCAUUGGAGUUAUAGACACUGGAAUUUAUCCUGACCAUCCUUCAUUUAGCGACUUUGGGAUGCCUCCUCCGCCUGCUAAGUGGAAAGGAGUUUGUGAGUCUAAUUUCAAAACCAAGUGUAACAACAAGCUCAUUGGAGCGAGGUCUUACCAAAUUGCUAACGGUUCCUUGAUAGAUGAUAAUGGACAUGGUACACACACAGCAGGCACAGCUGCAGGAGCCUUUGCAAAAGGUGCUAAUGUAUUUGGGAAUGCUAAUGGCACUGCUGUUGGUGUUGCCCCUCUUGCCCACCUAGCCAUAUAUAAGGUUUGCAAUUCUGAUGGCGAGUGUCCUGACUGUGAUAUUUUAGCUGCCAUAGAUUCAGCUAUAGAUGAUGGAGUAGAUAUUCUUUCAAUAUCCUUGGGUGGAUCUCCAAGCCCUUUCUAUGAUGACUGUAUCGCUCUUGGGGCAUACAGUGCAACAGAAAGAGGCAUUCUUGUAAGUUCUUCUGCAGGCAAUGAAGGUCCUUCUGUUGCCUCAGUGGAAAAAGCAGCCCCGUGGAUUCUUACAGUAGGUGCCAGCACACUUGAUAGAAAGAUAAAAGCUACUGUUAAUCUCGGAAAUAGAAAGAAAUAUGAAGGAGAAUCAACUUAUCGUCCAAAGAUUUCCAGCUCAACAUUCUCCACUCUAUAUGAUGCUGCAAAAAAUGCAAGUGAAACUCCUUAUUGCAGACCAGGAUCACUCACUGACCCUGCUGUAAGAGGAAAGAUAGUAUUAUGUCUACAAGAUGAUAUUGUUUCCAAUAUUGAAAAAGGACAAGCUGUGAAGGAUGCUGGAGGUGUUGGCAUGAUUAUCAUCAACCAGCCAAGUUACGGUGCCACUAAAUCAGCUGAUGCUCAUGUUCUUCCAGCAAUGGAUGUUUCAGCUGCAGAUGGAACAAAAAUCCUUUCCUAUAUGCACUCAACAUCAAACCCUAUUGCUAGAAUCACAUUCCAUGGAACAGUAAUUGGAGAUAAAUAUGCUCCCAUAGUAGCUGCAUUUUCUUCUCGCGGACCAAGUGAAGCUAGUCCUGGAAUCUUGAAACCAGACAUAAUCGGUCCUGGUGUUAAUAUCAUUGCUGCUUGGCCUACCUCUAUGGAUGGCAACAAAAACACCAAAUCCACAUUCAAUAUUAUAUCAGGCACCUCAAUGUCUUGCCCUCACCUUAGUGGCGUAGCAGCUCUGCUGAAAAGCACACAUCCUGAUUGGUCUCCUGCUGCUAUUAAGUCUGCAAUCAUGACAACCGCUGACACGUUAAACCUUGCCAAUAGUCCAAUACUAGACGAAAGACUCCUUUUUGCUGACAUCUAUGCAAUUGGUGCAGGACAUGUUAAUCCAUCUAGGGCAAAUGAUCCAGGACUAGUUUAUGAUACUCCAUUUGAGGACUAUGUAGCUUAUUUGUGUGGUUUGAACUACACAAAUCCGCAGGUAAGUAAACUCUUACAACGCAAAGUGAAUUGCUGGGAGGUUGAAAGUAUCCCUGAAGCACAAUUAAACUAUCCUUCAUUUUCCAUAUCCGGACUUGGAUCAACUCCUCAGACAUAUACCAGAACAGUGACCAACGUUGGUGACGCCAAAUCAUCUUACAAAGUGGAGAUAGCUUCACCAAAAGGUGUUGUCGUGGAAGUUGAACCCUCCGAGCUGAAUUUCUCCGAGUUGAACCAGAAGUUAACAUACCAGGUAACAUUUUCCAAGACAAUCAGCAGCUCAAAGCCUGAGGUUGUUGAGGGAUUCUUGAAGUGGAAUUCUAAUAAGUACUCUGUGAGAAGUCCAAUUGCAGUUGUAUUAGUAUUGACUACAUAAGUGCAGAAAAUGCUGUUUUUCUUUAUUUUACUUUUUCAAUCUUUUAUUACUAUUUUGAUUUUCACUGGUCUUUAAUAAUUUUAUCAUUAUGAAAUAUUGUUUCAAUGUUUG